AUAAUGUGUAAAUGUCGUAACGUUGAACUAGCUCGUUAGAAUUUUACAUAAUAAUUAAUAUGUACAAUGUUUUAUUAAUAAAUCCCAGAGUACAGCAACAGUGUGCAGCGCAACAUCUAAAGAGACGCGACAGAGGAUGAAGUCACGUGACGAUCGAUCAGCUGACAUCAUCGUCGCUGAGGAAGACGACUGACUGAUAACAUAAUGAUAAAAUUGCUCGAAAAACUACCAUCUGGAGAAUGUCCUAAACUCAUACACAGAGUGGUGGAUGGGGUGUGCGGCCGGAGCGGUCCGAGGCGAACAGAUUACGGUGAACGGUGGAGUCUGACAGAAUGGGUGGAGUUAAUGAACACUCUCUCCUCUCUCAUCCGCUUUGCUGUAGGAAGGGGCUGUUCAGAUCAAGAGAUCCAGGAGCUGCUGAGUGAUUUGGACGCGCCCCGCGCUGAGGCUGUUCUCCAGUGUGUGCGGUCCAGGUUUGAUGAGAUCAGACAUGCUUUGGUGGACCGAACCAAUGGCAUCUCAAGUACACAGCUACAGGACUUCAACUGGCAGUUAAAGCUGGCACUAUCCAGCGACACGCUGUCAGCUUUAAACACUCCUCUGCUAAAUCUCAGUCUGGACCUGAAGGAGAAUGGAAUUGAGAGAUCGGUGAAUGUAGAAAUGAACAAAGAGGAGCUGCACACUCUCAUCACUGCACUAGAGGCUGCUAAUAAGGUUGUGUUGCAGUUGAAAUGAAGAUGCCAACCAGUGCAUUUCCUUACAAAGAUGGUUCUGUGCCAUCAUACUUUCAAACAGAGGAUUUCUGAAGUCUGUAUUAUAAGACAAUGCCUGCAUGUGGGCAGACAGAAAUCUUACGGACAGAACCGGGAACCUGGCGUCUCUACCUGAGGUGUUCAUAAAGGACUGAAUAUUAUUAUUCAAGCUCCAUCAGUAUGGACUACAGAUGACUCUACUGGUGGUAGAGUCGUUUUGAGGCUUUUGUACAGUGAAAAGCUAAAUGCCUGCCACAGAUCUUGCUUUCAAUUCUCCAUGAAAUGCAAAUGCAUUUUGGUUUCACACCCCAAAGGUUGCCUUUCUAAAUAAAGUAACUGAAAACACUGAUAA